UUAUCAGAUGAGUUGUGCCUGUCACAAACAGAAAAACUAUUAAUAGCAGAAUUAUAUCUUGAAUCAGAAGCAUCGGAAAUAAUCAAAUAUUGUGAUAGAUAUGAUUGUUUUCCACUUCUGUGCAAAUUGAAUCAUGAUAAUCCUGAACUUGAUAAUAGAGAUUUCUUCAAAAAUCCAUUUUCAGUUUAUGAAGCAGAGAUAGAACAACUGAGGAAAAACGGACUUUUCAGUAAAUACUGUGCCUUGGCAUUAUGUGUAAUGUCUAACAAUUGUUUGGUAGAGGGUGUGUUAACAGAUGAGAUAGGUACAGCUUUGAAAAAUGUUAUAGAGAACAUAUGUGAGGCAUGUAAACUAGAUAAAGGAACAUCAAGGUUAAUAUUAUUGGAUGAACUUAAUUCGCUUGAACGCACAUUCAUCAAGAAAGAACAUGGUGUAUACAAAACAAUCCAUGAUAAACUAUUUGAUUUUUUGUCCUAUUAUUUUGGGGAAAAAAUGAUUAACUUUAACGGUGAUAUUCGUUUCACUAAAUGGUGUCUAUAUCAUGAUGUUGACGUGAACCUCUGUACAUACAAUGGUGUGAGUCCUCUACAUGCAUCAUCCCAAGAGGGACAUAUUGAAAUAGCUAAGAUUUUAUUGAACAACAAGGCAGAUACUAAUAAGUGCUCAGAAGGUGUAAUAUGUCCACUUUUUCUUGCUUGUCAGAACGGAUAUAUAGAUAUUGUAAAUAUAUUACUUGAAAACAAAGCAGAUGUUAAUAAGGUUAUAAAGACAGGAGAAUCUCCACUGAUUGGGGCUUGUGAGAAGGGAUAUACAGAUAUAGUGGAGCUAUUAUUGAACAACAAUGCAGACAUUAAUAAGUGUGCAGACGGUGGAAUACAUCCACUGUAUGUUGCUUGUCAAAACGGACAUACUAAUAUAGUAAAUAUGUUACUUGACCACAAGGCAGACAUUAAUAAUUUAAUAGCUGUAGGAUUAUCUCCGCUGUGUAUUGCUUGUCAAACAGGACAUAUAGAUAUAGUAAACAUUUUAGUGGAAAACAAUACACACAUUAAUAAGCAUGGAGAUGAAGGAGUAACUCCACUAUUCAUUGCUUGUCAAAAUGGAUUGAUAGAUAUAGUCAGGAUUUUACUAGACAACAAUGCAGACAUUAAUGAAUGCACAGUUACGGAAACAUCUCCCCUGCUGAUUGCUUGUGAGUUUAAUCAUGAGGAUAUUGGGAAGUUGUUACUGGACAACAAGGCGGAUAUCAAUAAGUGUCAAGUAACAGGUGAAUCUCCACUGAUUGCGUCUUGUAAAGGAGGAUAUAAAACUAUAGUAAGUAUGUUACUUGAGAACAAGGCAGACAUAAAUAAAUGUACAGAUGAUGGUACAUCUGCCUUAUUUAUUGCUUGUUUGAAUAAUCAUGAGUUUGUAGUAAGGAUGUUACUAGAAAACAAAGCAAACGUUAAUAUAUGUAGACAUGACGGAGUAUCUCCACUGACUAUAUCUUGUCAAGAAGGGUAUAGAAACAUAGUUAAAUUGUUACUCGAUAGCAAGGCAGACAUAAAUAAGUAUACAGAUAAAGAUAUAUCUCCACUGUUAUUUGCUAGUCAGAAUAACCAUGUUGAUAUAGCAAAGUUGUUACUGGACAAAAACGCAGAUAUAAAUAAGUGUGCAAAUAAUGGAACAUCUCCACUGAUUAUUGCUAGCCAGAACAAUCAUUUAGAUAUAGUAAAGUUGUUACUGGACAACAAGGCAGAUAUAAAUAAGCGUACAGAUACAGGAGCAUCUUCAUUAUGUAUUGCUUGUCAAAAUGGUCACAUAGAUAUAAUACAGCUGAUAUUGGACAGCAAAGCAGAUGUACAUAAGUCAGACAUAAAUAAGUGUGCAAAUGAUGGAACAUCUCCCUUGUUUGCUGCUUGUCAGAAUGGCAAUGUUGAUACAGUAGAUAUUCUAUUGAACCACAAGGCAGACAUUAAUAAGUGUACAGAUAAUGAAACAUCUCCCCUGUGUAGUGCUUGUCACAACGGUCAUGUUGAUACAGUAGAUAUUUUACUUAACCACAAGGCAGACAUUAACAAGUGUACAGAUAAUGGAACAUCUCCCCUGUUUAUUGCUUGUCAGAAUAAUCAUGUUAAUAUAAUCAAGAUGUUUCUGGACAACAAGGCAGACAUAAAUAAGUGUGCAGAAGAUGAAACAUCUCCCUUGAUUAUUGCUUGUCAAAACAAUCACAAAGAAGCAGUUAAGCUGUUACUUGAUAACAAGGCAAAUUUAAUAAGUGUAGAUAUUUUGGAACAUCCACUGAUUAUUUCUUGUCAAGAAGGAUACAAAAAUAUAGUAAAAAUGUUACUGGACAACAAAGCGGACGUUAAUAAGUGUAUAGAUAAUGGGGCAUCUCCAUUAUUUCUUGCUUGCCAAUAUAAUUAUAUACAUAUAGUAAAGAUGUUGCGUGAAAACGGAGCAGACAUAAAUAAGUGUACACAUAAUGGAUUAUCUCCACUUUUUAUCGCUUGCCAGAAAAAUCAUAUACAUAUAGUAAAAAUGUUACUGGGCAAGAAAGUAGACAUAAAUAAGGGUUCAGUUAAUGAAAUUACUCCCCUGUUUAUUGCUUGCCAUAAUAAUCAAGCUGAUAUAGUAAAGCUGAUACUUGACAACAAGGCAGACAUUAAUAAGUGCACAGAUGAGGGAACAUCUCCACUGUUUAUUGCUUGUAAGAAUAACAAUGUACAUAAAGUAAAGCUGUUACUUGACAACAAGGCAGAUAUAAAUAAGUGCACAAAUGAGGGAACAUCUCCACUGUUUAUUGCUUGCCAGAAUAAUAAUGUACAUAUAGUAAAAAUGUUACUGGACAAGAAAGCAGUCAUAGAUAAGGGAACAGAUAAUCAAACAACUCCGUUGUUUAUUGCUUGCCAUAAUAAUCAAGUUGAUAUAGUAAAGCUGUUACUGGACAACAAGGCAGACAUUAAUAAGUGUUCAGAUGAUGAAAUAUCUCCUCUGUUUAUUGCUUGUAAGAAUAAUCAUAUAGAUGUAGUAAACUUGUUACUGGAAAAAAAGGCAGAAAUCAAUUUAUGUAAUUGGAGUUGUGUAUCUCCUUUAUCUGAAGCUUGAUAUGAAGGGCAUAUAGAUAUUGUAAAAGUAUUAUUGGAGAAAGGCGCAGAUUACACAACGAAAGCUAUAAAGAAUAAAAAUGAUGCGGAAGUAUUGAUGUUAUCACCCGAACAAAUAGCUAGCGAAUAUGGUCACCCAGAUAUAGCAGCUUUAAUAUUUGAACAUUCUAAACAAAAGCAGAAAGAAGCAAGACUUUGGUAUUACUGGAUCUUAUUUUCUGUUAGAAUCGCCAAAAUAAUCAUGGAACACACUAUAAGUAAUGUAUGAAAGUGUUCUCCUUCUUGAUACUUUAUAACAGAUCAAAGAGCAGCCGGAAUCGCAUUUAUAUUAGAAAAGACAGUGCGUAUUACUUUAAAGUAUUACUCUCUUAUCAAAUGCAAUGAAAUGCAAGUUUGAAAAUACGAAGACAAAAACCGUUGUAUCAACUUUUAACAGCAGAUUCAUCUUGAUACAGCAGAAAUAUAUUUCAAUAUCAUCAAAUUGUUUUUAAACAGUAGUAAAGUGUUUAAUCAUCUUGCAAGAUC